UGAUUCGGUUCACGCGUUAAAGGAAAAGAACCGGUUCAGCAGAUCGACUCGUUGUUAGGAGUCGGGCAUCGCUUAGCGCAUUCAGGGGGGAAACGUCAAAAUGGGAGAAGUGGAAACACAAGUUUACAAGUCUCAAAUGCGUCCGUCUAGCCAGGCCGCUUAAGCAUGUCCACAGAUGACAGCAUCUCUGAGGACGUGUCCAGCUCUGUGGCUCUGAGCCAUGACCACACGAGUGCCAAUGGCGGGAAGGAGAGCGAGGCCUCCAUCGUCUCCUCCGAGGACACUGCGUCCGGCCUGGCCAUCCCUGAAGAGGAGCGACCCGCGGCCCGACAAGUCCAGACCCUGGAGGGCCUGCUCCAGGCCGCUGAAGGGGCCGUGAUCAGCCGACCCUCCGGCACACCAGCAUGCAACAUUUCCCACAAAAUAAGGAAUCUGUGUCUUCGCACCGAGGAGGAGUUCAGCUCAGGGAGAAGCCUACCCUUCAUCAACCCCAGCUCUUUGGAGACGCUCCGCGCCCUGGUGCACGAGAUCCAGAGCAGCGGCGAGACGGACCCCGAGAUCUGGAAGAACUGUGAGGGUCGAUGGCUGCAUCUCUUUCAGCUGGUGGAAAAGCAAUACCAAGAACAAAUCCUAGCCCAGCAGGAACAGUAUCAGUGCCAAAUACAGCUCAUCCAGGAUGAGAUUAAAGCGUUAGUGCAGCUACAGAACCGGCAGAGCGGCACACAGACACACCCCUCAGACCCGCCCCCGCGUACAGCCAAGGUUUCAGAGCCUCCGGUGGACCUAUCGAUCGAGAGCCAGACCUCUGCCCCAGCUUCAGGACACGUGUCCCCCCAGCAGCUCACAGUAAACCCCCAGGACAGUUCGGACGAAGGGCUCGUGACCGUCCUGAGCAGCGGCUAUGGCACGCUCUCUGCCUGGGAGGCCGGACUGGAGACCGGGCCGCCUGGUGCCACAGAGCUGUGGUCCCCGAAGCAGCCAGACUACAGCCUCCCACAUUCCCCUUUAGUAGAAAUGGCUCUGCACAGGCAGGACAGUGUACUGAGCAGGAUUGUACCUCCCCAUAAUGCACCUCACAAAACUGCCUCAACUGUGCCAAGUCAGACUUCUGACAGACAGAAACUAAACAGUCAACCACUGACCUCCUGGGCUCAGAAGCAAAAACACAGGCAAAAGAAAAACAAACCGGCACAAAACAGAUCACCGCAGACGGAGACGAGAGAGGAGAGAAGGCCAGGUGCUUCUCCCGAGGAACAGAAGGACAAUGUGGAUGAUCCUGGAUGCACUGCAGCCUACUUGAAUCCUGCUCCUCUAAAGAGAAGUGACAGCCUGGUGUCUGAAGCCUCAGGUCUGACGUACUGGAGGCUGGAUGAGAGCGAGCUGUACCGCCCCCUGCCUGACAGCUUCGAAAGUUCCUCUCUCCUCCUGAUGCAGGACGUUUCUCAGGUCCAGCCUCUUGCUGAUGAGGCCAGACUGUCUGUGUCUCUGAGGGAGAUCUACCACAGCAAGCAGAAGGGAGAGCCCAGAGGACAGGAGUGGGACUCCCUAAUUAACUCGGAUACAUCCUCGCCUCAGGUGCUGGCUCUGGACCCCACGCUUCACGUAAGGCAGUCAGACCGAACGUCAGGCUUCACGUCUCCGUCGCACUUCAGCAGCCCUUCCCUCCCCGCCCAGCCCCGGCCGUGCACCAGCAGCGGCGCCCCCGUCAGCCCGGACUCCAUGGCCCUGCGCAGCCACACGGACACCGACUGCCUGUCCAACGCCAGCAGCCUCUCGGCUCAUCACGGCCCCAUCCGCAGCCCCGCCUCCCCCACCUUCCGCACCGUGCCCCGGGGCAACAGCGAGGACGACGGCAGCCACACCGCCACGCUGACGCUGCGGCCCGCGGGCCAGCCCGGCCAGGAGCAGCACCCCGGCCCCAGGAAGCUGAAGACCUCCACCUCUCUGGAUGACCCGGUGGUCCUCUCACUGCUGAGGCAGAACCUGAGGGAAAAGCAUUCGCGGCACAUAGCGGACCUCCGAGCGUACUACGAGUCUGAGAUCAGCACCCUGAAGGAGAAGCUGGACCUGGUCAGUUUGCCUCCAGACAUGGAGAAAAGCAACCAGAUCCUGUUAGAAAGGUGUGAACAUCUGGAACGGGCUCUUACAGAGGCGAGUGUGCGGAUCAGGGAGCUGGAGAACAGAAACCGUCACCUGGAGAGACAACUGGCGGAGUGGCCUGAGCGGUACGAUGCAGCCAGCUCCACGGUCCAGGCUCUUCAGCAUCACCUAGAGGAGACGAAGCAGAGCAGCAGGGAGAAGGACAACACUGUGACCAAACUGAAGAGCCGUCUGCGGCAGAUGGAGGAAGUUCUGCAGAACGCCUGCAAGGAGGUGGACGAGAAGGAGGCUCGGAUGAACAAAGAGCACAAGAUGCUCCAAGAUCUGCUUCAGGAGUACGACUCGUUAAGAAAGGAUCAUGAAGGAACGAAGGACAAUUUGGUUUCAACAGAGAAUAAAUUGUUUGAUGCCAAUGAACAAAUAUCAGAACUGAAAAGGGUAAUCUCCAAACUGGAAGCACAAGUUAAACAGCUGGAACACGAGAACAUGGCCAGAACUCGCCAGGCUUUACACAGCCACACGCAGCCUUCAGGAGCAGGUUUAUUCCACCACCCUGAUCUUCUACUCUCACCGAGCAAAAGGCCGCGGGAUGUGGACUGCAGCACAAAGAAUCCAGCAGUUUCAGACAAAGGAGGAAAAACGCGUCUGUCCCCUCCCGAGAGAGAACAGCCCCAGGAACAGCCCGCGUCCAAAGAGUCCAGGAAGCGAGACGCUCCGCUGACGCCCAUGAUGAAAGCUCUGAUUCAGAUGGAGGAGACCAAAGCUACAGAGGGACGGGCUCUGUUAAAAAACAGUUACUCAAGAUUAGGAAGGAGGAGACCCACAGUAGCGUUUGUGGAAGGUGCUAGAGAGCCUCUGCUGGAGAGGGGAGGUGCUGUGCUCCGAGCUCAGAGAAGCCUUUCUCCAGAGGGUCACCGCUCCUCAUCCCUGCCCCCCAGAGCACAGCGGGCCGGCCCGCCCUCCACACCCACCAAGAGAGAAACUCUGAUACAGCCACUUUCUGCCAAGUCCAGUCCCAAACGCUGCCCAACAGAAAACUGCUCCACUGCAUUUGAUCGACCACUGGCCUGCCAGCAGCACCUCCAUAACAGGUUCGAUUUGCACUUUGAUCAAAGGGGUUUCAGCUCCUCGCUGCCAGCUCAACCCAAAUCAAGAGCGAGACUGCAGUACCUGCCAGCAGACAGAUCACAAGUUAAUACCCAGUCCAGCACAGGAUUCUCAGAGCCGCCGGACAGCAGCGAGGCCGAGGACAACGCCACAUCGUCGGGUUUGGAGGACCAGGAGGCUGCAGACUGUUCCCUGCUGCUCCGCGACGCUGAUGAUGACACCACGCUGUCCUAUCAGACGCAGAUUCACUCUCUAUCUGACGCUGAGAAGCUGUUUGAUGAGCUUACGCUGGAGAAACAGCAGAUUGAGGCAGCACUGAGUCGGAUUCCGGGGGCAGGGGCCAGGGUCACCUUCCAGUCCAGGCUGGACGAGGUGACGUUGGAGAAUCGUUUGGAGAAGGUGAAUCGUGAGUUAGGAUCCAUCCGUAUGACUCUGAAGCGAUUCAACGUUCUUCGCUCCUCUUCCAACAUUUAGCGAGCAAUCUUUUCUUCUUCCGAGAAUUUCUGUGGACUCUGACGAUAACAGGGCAGUUCUCUCUCUCUCUCUCGCCGAAUCCUCCACUGUAAAUAAUAAUCUCAACCUGUACAUGUUGGAUAUUUCUACUUUUGUUAUUGUAGGAUAUUUUUUAUAUGUUUUACUACAUGGUAAAGAUAUCGCAAAUUUUAAAGUAUAUUUUAAUACUGCCCAGAUUUGUAAAAAAACGAAAUGUACUUUUUUUAUGUCACGAAAGUAUAAAAAUUGUAAGAUGCUUGACUCAUUCAGGUUUAAUUUCCCUCUCUCUCUCUCUUCCUCUCUCUCUCUUUUUUUCAUUGUGCUGCUGAAAAAAAUUACUUAAUCCAGAGGGGCAGAGAGUUUCAGUUUUUAACCUCAAAUAAUUCCCAGCAGUUCAUUCCAUUCUGCUUCAUUUUAUACAUUUUUGAUUGUUUUUAACUCCAGUUUUACUUGAAAUGUGUUUUUUUUUUGUUGUUUAUUUAUUAUUUUUAAUAUUUGUUUUGUAAUAAGCUCGAUACAACAUGUAACAUAUCGCUGUUUUUGUAUUUGCUUUUUGAGUUUGAGCCAUUUUGCUUCACACUCCUUGUGCCACAUGUGAAUAUUUGAUUUAAUAAUAAAUCAAAUUGAUUCGAGGCCUUGAUAACUCACUUGAUGAAGGUUCCCCAACUCUCUUCCUCACCUGCUUACCUACCUUUUCUCACCUUGGUCCUCUUUCACACAUUCCAGUCAUGGUUGCUUUUGUGGAUUCUCAUCAAAAAUGUGAAAAUACUCGACCAGCACUGAUUGUUUACGCACUGUUUUACAAGGCAGACUCCUUUUUUCACAUUUGGAAAGAUCUUUGUGCAACUCAAACGGAAUGCCUUUGUAAUGCAUGGGGGAAAAAAACAACCCAAACUAUUUCAGAGAUUAAUUUUUAACUGUAAUGGAGUAAUGAUCACUGUAAUUAGGUGAUCAUUGUCCCUGUAGCUCACUGGAACUAUCUACUAUUUACUCUUGCACCAUAUGACGAUGAUGAUCCUUAAUAAAAUUACAAUAAAAUAACUGUAUACUGGAAAAACAA